GAAAACGGCCACGAUGAAGGUCUUUUUAUUAGUGACAUGCUUUAUGUUGUCGUUGAUAGUAGACAUUUCAGACAGUCGUCCAGAAUUAUUUCCAUUCCUUAAAUCAGAAUGUUCAUCUGGUGUUGUGUAUGCCACCUGUUACAUGAAACAAAGGGGUGGCGAUGACGAUGGUGGUGAUGACCGAGGUGGUGAUGGAGGCGAUGAUAGAAGAGGAGACGAUAGAGACGAUGACAGAGGUGGUCGUAGAGACCGAGAUAAUGAUGGUAAUGAUGAUCGUAGAGACGGCAAUGAUGAUCGUAGAGAUGGUAAUGAUGAUCGUAGAGAUGGUAAUGAUAAUGAUGGUGGAGUCAGAGGCAACAUUUACUUUUCUCAAAAAGUGGACAGCAACUGCAGGCCAACUAGUGAAUUAAAGGUCCGUGUACGACUCAGGGGUGUGAAUGGUGGUGAUGAUGAUGAUCGGGAUGGUCGUGAUCGUGGUGAUAAUGGUGGUGGUGAUGAUGAUGAUGACGGCAGACGAAGGCGAUUUCUUGGUCUUCAUGUGCAUAAAUUUGGCGACUUAAGAAACCGAUGUCUUGCAGCUGGUCCUCACUUACGCAAGCUGGGAAAUUUCCGAUCAAAUCGCAGGGGUAAUAUUCAAGAAAAUUUCCGUGUGAAACAAACAUCAUUAGUAGAAAUAGUUGGAAGAGCUGUUGUUUUGCAUUCAAGAAAGAACGCAGGAAGAAGACUAGCUUGUUGUGUUAUUGGUUACGCCGAUUCACGAAAGUGAUAAUAAUUAUCAAUUAGAUCUUUGUGGUUGAAUAAAAUAACAUUAAUAUAAAAUU